UAAACGGACACAAAGAAACUUCAAAGCUCUUAACCAAAAAGCACAACACCACAAGUAGAACUCGUCAACACUACAGACAAAAAAGAAAACCUUCUCCUUCCCCUUCUCCUUCCUCUUUUGCUUUACUUUAUCUCUCCCUCUUGUGUAUUGAUGAGGUGGUCACCAAUGUGGCUUGGUUGGUGAGAGAGAAUAAAUGCAUUGCUUCACACAGUCACAGGAUCAUAUAGCUGGUCAGUGGUCAGUGAACAAGACAGAUUAAUUAUAGGUUUCUUUCUUUCUUUCCUAAUUCAUCGUAAAUCAUAAUAACUUUGAAAUCAAAUUUAUUGUUUUUUAAAGAAACAAAGAGAGUGAGAAAUGGACAUGCACGUGGUUCAUCCUCCGUUGGUACUUGGUAGCAACCAUUACAUACAUAUAUAGAGGGACUUUUUAGAGCAGUUUAUUAAAUUGCCUCACCUGCUUCCUUUCCAGCCAAGGUACUGUCACCACUUGCCAUUUCCAUUCCUCACCCCACCACCAUCACCACCACCACCCUUUCACCAUUUUCAUUGCGUGUCUCUUCCAAUGCUUCUCUGCCACCAUUAAUUUCAUUUCUUUACUCAAUCCCAGAAAAGUAUAGCUAAAACCCCCUUAAAUCUUUGUUCAUGUGCCCAUAAACAAAAGGGUUUUUAGAUUUCACUUCUAUUUCCAUGUUUUUGUGUGCAAAUGUGGUCGCAAUUAAAGAGCUUUCUUUAAUUUCAGUAAUAUCCGGAGGAAAUUGAAAAAAUGUUGCUAUUUGGUUAUGAUUGUGAUUUGCUAUUUCUUACUUUGAGAACUCCAAUAAUUGCUUCUAGUAAAGAAGAAAUGCUAUGGUCGCCUGUAGGAAGUCUGAAUUGGAUCCAUCAUCAAUAAUAAUGCCAAACGGAUAGAUCCAUUUAUCAACAUUUUUUUGUACAGUGAGCAUGAGCAGAUUUUAUCAAUUUUGUGUCUCUCAUGCUCUUUUGCUCUUAAUUUCUUGCUUUCUUGGAUUCACUUCUACUGUUUCACCAGCUACUGAGAAAGAGAUCUUGCUGCAAUUCAAGGCAAGCGUCACCCGUGAUCCCUUCAAUAGCUUGGUUACAUGGGUUCCAAGUGGCAAUCCUUGUGAUUACAGCGGUAUUUUCUGCAAUUCGCUUGGGUUAGUAGAGAGAAUUGUUUUGUGGAACAAAAGCCUAUCUGGGUCUUUAUCACCAGCAUUAUCAGGUUUGAGAUCUUUGAGAACUUUGACAUUGUUUGGCAAUCAGUUUACUGGUAAUAUCCCACAAGAAUAUGCAGAGUUAAGCACAUUGUGGAAGAUAAAUUUAAGUUCGAAUGCCUUAUCUGGGUCAAUCCCAGAAUUCAUUGGUGAUUUGCCAAGUAUAAGGUUCCUCGAUUUGUCAAGCAAUGGGUAUAGUGGAGAAAUAUCAUCGGCUUUGUUCAAGUUUUGUUACAAAACCAAGUUUGUUUCUUUAUCUCAUAACAAUCUUUCUGGUCCAAUUCCUGUCUCAAUCUUAAAUUGUACUAAGCUUGAAGGUUUUGAUUUCUCUUUCAAUAAUCUCAAUGGUGAAUUGCCUUCUCGAAUUUGUGAUAUUCCUGUGUUAAAGUAUUUGUCUUUGAGCAGCAACGUGUUAACUGGGAGUGUAGAGGAGGAGAUUUCAAGAUGCCAAAGCUUAAAUUUUUUGGAUCUUGGCAGCAACAUGUUUACGGGACUGGCACCAUUUGGGGUUGUAGGAUUCCGAAACAUGAGUUAUUUCAAUGUUUCACACAAUGGCUUUACUGGAGAGAUUCCUGAGAUUGGAACAUGCAGUGAGGGACUGCAGAUCUUUGAUGCUUCAGGUAAUCAUUUAGAUGGAGAGAUGCCGUUGAGCAUUACAAACUGCAAAAACCUUGAAGUUCUCAACUUGGGGUUUAACAUGCUAAAUGGGAGUAUCCCAGUUGGGAUUGCAGAUAUGGAGACGCUUCGGAUUCUUAAUUUGGGCAAUAAUUUGAUUGGUGGGUCAAUUCCCAUAGGUUUUGGACGCAUUGACAUCCUUCUGGUCUUGGAUUUGCACAAUCUCCACCUUACCGGUGAAAUUCCUAAAGAUAUAAGCAAUUGCAAGUAUCUCCGGGAGCUGGAUCUUUCUGGUAAUGGCUUAGAUGGAGAAAUUUCCAAUACACUUUACAAUAUGACUUUCUUAGAAGUCCUUGACUUGCAUGGUAACCAACUGAAUGGUAGCAUACCAGAAACUCUAGGAAACCUGUCAAACCUCAUACUGCUUGACCUCUCGCAAAAUAAUCUUUCAGGGCCAAUCCCAUUUUCCCUUGGAAAUUUGCCAAACUUAACACAUUUAAAUCUCUCCUCUAACAGCCUUUCAGGUCCAAUUCCUUUGGUACCAAAGAUCCAAGCUUUUGGUGCAUCCUCAUUCCUGAACAACUCCGGGCUCUGUGGUCCUCCUUUAGACAUUUCUUGCUCAGGCACUGGCACAACUCCAGCAUCAAAGAAAAACAAGGUGCUUAGUAAUUCUGUAAUUGUGGCAAUUGUUGCUGCUGCAUUGAUUCUUUCUGGGGUUUGUAUAGUAUCAAUCAUGAACAUUAGAGCACGCGGUAGGAAAAGAGAGGAUGAGACAAUGGUUGUUGAAAGCACACCAUUGGGUUCUGCAGAAUCUUCUGUUAUAAUAGGAAAGUUGGUUUUGUUCAGCAAGACUUUACCCUCAAAAUAUGAAGAUUGGGAAUCUGGCACCAAAGCUUUGCUUGACAAGGAAUGUUUGAUAGGUGGUGGGUCAAUUGGAACAGUAUAUAGAACUGAUUUUGAAGGUGGGAUUUCAAUUGCAGUGAAGAAGCUUGAGACUCUGGGUAGAAUAAGAAACCAAGAUGAAUUUGAGCAAGAAAUUGGUCGGUUAGGUAACAUUCGACAUCCAAAUUUGGUUGCUUUUCAAGGUUAUUACUGGUCUUCAACAAUGCAGUUAAUUUUAUCUGAAUUUAUUUCAAAUGGUAAUCUGUAUGAUAAUCUACAUGGACUUAACUAUCCAGGAACCAGUACUGGCGUAGGGAAUACUGAAUUGUACUGGUCUAGAAGGUUUCAGAUUGCUUUAGGAACAGCAAGAGCACUUUCUUUCCUUCACCAUGAUUGUAGGCCUCCAAUUCUGCAUCUGAACAUCAAAUCUACUAACAUACUCUUAGAUGAAAAUUAUGAAGCAAAGUUAUCUGAUUAUGGACUAGGGAAGCUGCUGCCUAUUUUGGACAACUAUGGUUUAACCAAGUUCCAUAAUGCAGUAGGUUAUGUUGCACCAGAGUUGGCUCAAAGUCUAAGAUUGAGUGAGAAAUGUGAUGUGUACAGCUUUGGAGUGAUUCUAUUAGAGCUGGUUACUGGGAGGAAACCGGUAGAGAGUCCAACAGUAAAUGAGGUAAUCGUUUUGUGUGAAUAUGUUCGUAGCUUAUUGGAGAUUGGCUCUGCUUCUGAUUGUUUUGAUAGAAUUUUACGAGGUUUCUCAGAGAAUGAAUUAAUUCAGGUUAUGAAAUUAGGGUUGAUUUGUACAUCUGAUGUUCCUUCAAGAAGACCAAGCAUGGCUGAGGUUGUUCAGGUUCUUGAGUCCAUAAGAUCUGAAGUAGAAUCCUCGUAGUCAUCAAAGUGCUCUAGAGUGUUUCCUGCACUACCCCAGAGUUAAAUUAACCAUGUUCAUUUUGAACCAAAGAAAGUAGUCUAGCUGGAAGUUGGUGCGAGUCAUGUGUGCAGUGAAAAUGGAGUUGCAUUUUAGGAGGGAAAAAAAAUUAGAAAAUCAUUCUUUUCUUUAUUCAUUUUUGGAAUUACAAUCAUUAAAUUGUUCCUGACAUUUGUAACUUUCGCCAAUAAAAUGAUUCAUUUAUUGUAUUUCAUA